UAUUGGGAAAUCGUAGUAGAUGCAGAGACGGAUGGCUAAAGUCCUUCUCCGAAAAUGGCAAAAUUUUCGUACAAUCUUAGUGAGAAAACUUAAACAAAAACAGAUGGGAGAAUAUGUACAACAAUACUAUUUAUACGAACACAUGAAAUUUAUCAUUCCGUAUUUGAAGAAAUCAUAUGAGCCUGAUGCGAUAAAAAGAACCAUUAAGAAAAAAGUGGACGAAGAAGAGGACGCCGAUAUAAAUGAGACAGACUCACAUCAAAGUACAGAGGAUAGUGCCAUCAUUCCCGAAAAUGAUAUCGACGAUCCAGUUUAUUUUGAAGAAGAAGAGGAAUAUGAAAUGAGUCCACCUAGGAAAGUAAAGAAGUCGGAUAGCUUUGAGGAGGAACCCGAAUCCAUUGGUAUUGAUGAGUACAUUGAUGCAAUCAACCAUCAAAGUGAAACGAAGUCGAAUAAUUUGGCUGGCAAUGCAUUAGUCAAACCCGAGUCCACAACAACCAGUCGCCCUUCAACUUCAGUUGCAGCGACGCAAGUACAUAGAAAACUUAACCGUUUAGAAGAAAGUGAUAAUCCAAAGAGGCAGUUUAUUCUCAGUUUGUUGCCAGACCUCUACGACAUGAACAACACGCAGAUGCGGAAAUUUAAAUCUAAAGUUUUAAUGCUGGUCAGUGAAAUUUUGGACGAAAAUGCCACCUGAUUUGAUAGAUUUAUUAAUAUUUUAGGAUUAAAUUUUAUGUUAAAUAUAAUGGAUUUUCGUGAUCUGUUAAGAAAUAAUCGUAUAAAAUGAAAAUAUUAUUUUUUUUUAACUAAAUAAAAGUUUGUAAAGAUUUAUCUUCAGUAUGUCGUAUUUUGUUGAAACACAUACAUACAUACACAAGUAUGUAUGGAGCCAAGUCCUUCUCCACUUGGUGUUUCCAUUGCAGUAAGGGCUCGCUCUUCCUCUGGUACCACCAGCGAGUGCCGAGGUUAAUACUUCCAGAGCAGGGAUGUCGUUUGGAUCUAAAUAGAUCCAAUUGGAUACAUUUUUGGACGAAUUUUUGCGAGAUACUUGUUUUUUCCGAUCAGU